AUGAGGACCAGAAAUCGGAGCAUCAAGACGACGCCAGAACCAUCGAACUCCUCUCCGGAGGACUCAUCACUGUCAGAACUGGGGACACCACCAGAUACCCCUCCGAGCAUCCUGGGCUCCGGAACUCGCAAGCGAAAAUUGUCAAGCUCCAGCUCCAAUGAUCCCGAGACACCCUCGGAGUCGAAGCGGCCAAAACGAAACUUCACCGGGGCAGCAGCUCUGCCAGACCCGGUCAAAUCACGAAAACGCAGAGGAAGACCACCAGUCUCUAGACUCAGCGACACCUCUACCAACUCCAAGACACACAUUUCUCCCCCAGCCACCCUUCCAUCAAUCACUCCACCUGAAUCUGCCAAACCAUCAAGACGAAACUCGGCUGCGACACAAUCCGACAGUGCUGAAGCCGUUCCAGAAACCGUCGUGCAGGCACAAAUUCAAUCAGCGCCCGCUGUCGGAGAAUCAUCCAGGGCAUUGAGACGAAGCUCACGUCACUUCAAGCCAAGCAUUCUUCAAGGACCCCUUGCCGUCGACGCUCCCUCAAAGCAGCCUUCAUCAUCAACUGCUGAAGCGGCGCCUGCCAAUGUGCGGAAUCACAAACCUAGUGGUGCAGCAUCAGAUGCUUCGGAUACGAUUCCCAAGCGUAAGCGUACUCUACGGAGCGCCAAGGAAGCAACAGUUCAAAAGCCUUCCAACUUAUGGGACAAGGAGAAAGAGCUUUGGCCUGAAUUUGACCGAAACAACGUGAUCUACUAUGCUAAUGAUGGCACCACUCAAUAUCAUCCUGCAGAGGGAGAUGAGACGCCAGAAUCCCGCUCGCCGAAGAAGCCAGCCAGAGGCGGCGCCCGGGCAGGCCGUGGAGGCGGCCACUCCAACGGCGGUGGGCGCAAAGGCAAAUCUAGAGGCAGAGCAGGACGUGGAGGGAGUCCAGACCCGCCAGAACGAAGGCAGCCGCUUUCUCAAGAAGAGAAGGCCAUGAUAUCCCUUCUCAAGGCCAGGCAGCAGGAAUUGAAACGGUUCUUCCACGUCGUGGGCGCUCAACAAUUUGACAUACUCGAGCAAAUGGCCAAUCGCGAUCUCAACAGAAUGGCCAAGAAGGCAAACGCCCACAAGAAAGUUCCCGAGUACGCCACGAUUGUCGAAGAACUGGAGGCCGCCAAACAGGAUGCCGAAGAUCUCGCCAGGAACAGAUAUGACGUCCAAGUCGAGGCCGAGAUGCGACGACUAGAGGCGGAAAAGGAGGUCAUUGAACAACAAUGGACGAAUCGCAGAGCGGCGGCCCGCGAAGAACACCUCGCCGCGGCGGAAGGGGACAUCAUCUUGUUCGAGCGAGCCUACCGUGCCGCUCACGAUGACACGCACACUGAAUCCGGAUCCGACAUGAUGGAGUACUUUCCACAUUAUCACGAACUACCAGAACCAGGUACCCAACCACGGGGAUACUCAUCCAGCAGAAUCAAAGACGAGAAGCCGUUCAAACGACAGCUCGGAGAAUCCUAUGACGAACAGGCUCGCCAACAAGUGCUCAAUGAGGACGUUAUUGGCCCCUUGUUGAAGCAGAUUGAACAGAGAAACAAAGAAUGGAGAGCCGAGCAACAGUCUCACAAGUCUCAAACCAUGGACGCUCUUACCGAAGAAGCGGCAAGGGAGCUGGCAAAGAUCAGCGGUUAUCUUGUUCCACGACCCAUGGACAUGGCGGAAGCUAACAGCUACGCCUUGUCCGCGCUGGCCGACGUGUCCGAGUGGGUGGCGCAACAACCCCCCCUGAAGCAGUACAUCUACGUCCCUCUUGCGAAAGGCGAAGCUUUUCCAGCUCAAGGCUUGGACUUCUCCCCUCUCCCCGGCCAGGCCCCGCCACCGCCGCGUUCGCAGCAAGCUUACCAACAGGUCCUCCGAACGAAUUCUCGACCCCGUGGUCGGCGACUCAAAUAUCCUCCGUUGACCCACGAGCAGGCGCUGAGCGCAACCACUUCGUCUCCGGGACUUCCACCUCUGCAGCCCCAGCAUCAUACUCAACCUCAAGGAGGAUACUUUCCGCCGCCUACUACUACAGCACCACUCGCGAGUCCAUCGGUGUUCGAAGUCUCACGCAUCAUCUCCAGCGGCCCAGGCCAACCCAUCGCCCCUGCGCCGCCAAAAGCGCCCCCUGCUCCUGCCCGUCCAAAUGUUGAUAUCUUCCGCCACAACACCCGAUACCCACCGCCUCCGCCUCCGCCUUCACACAGCUCUCAUUCUCGGCAAAACUCAUUGACCACUGCAUCGUCGAGUGGCCCUGGCCCAUCGCCGCAACAGUCCCAGCCACAGUAUCAGCCUCAGCCUCAGCCUCAGCAGUACAUAUUUCAGACACCACAACAGCCAUUCCAGCAUCAAGCCGCGCCGCCACCAUCUUCAGGACAACAGUAUGGUCCUCCGGCCGGUGCGGCACCAGGCGUUGUCACUACUGCACCAGGCCCGAGUACAAGCCCAGCGGGACCAAAUGCCGCCAGUCCGUCGGGGUCUAUAGCCGGCCAACAGACGAAGAUGCCCAUGACGUUUGUGAAUCAGACGAUUGAAAGCAGGACCGCCGCCGGCGCCGGCAACGGCAACGGUAAUGGUAACGGGACCGGUGUGAAUGCAGCUGGAAAUGACAAGGGGAGUGGGAGACGUGUCCUGUUGCCAAAGUUCUAA